AUGUUCUCAUCCGCUUUCAAGUCUUUCACAUCGAAUAUCAGCUCCAACUAUGAAAUAUCGAAACAAUCUUCCGCCACUGUCGGACCAUGGACAGUGUUCGAUGCGAAGAAGAAGAGCACUGGUGCUCAAGCAUCUGUCUUUGUCUUCGAUCGGAAAUCUUUAGAUAUCAACAGUUCUGGUUUUGGAGCACGUGCAACUAGUUCGACCUCGAUCCGCAAGGUUCAGGAUGAAGUAAUCGAGAGACUGAAGAAGGAGGCCAGCAGCCUUGCACGUCUGCGCCACCCUUCGAUCCUGCAACUCGUCGAACCAGUGGAAGAGACGCGGAGCGGUGGCCUUAUGUUCGCGACCGAACCAGUCUUGUGCUCCUUAUCAGCGGCGCUUGCCCAGAAAGACCGCUCUGAAAGCAGAAGUGGCCGUGACUAUUCAGGGUCUAUUUCUGAUGACACAACCUCCUCCAGGACUCUCAGGGACAUUGACAUCGACGAGCUAGAGGUCCAGAAAGGGCUUUUACAGGUUGCAAAAGGGUUAGAAUUCUUGCAUGAUUCGGCCCAAUUGGUACAUGGAAAUCUGACACCUGAUGCGAUUAUGAUCAACGCAAAGUCGGAUUGGAAGAUAUCUGGGCUGGGAUUUGCUGGUCCUCCAGAUGGAGCAGACAGACCCCAGACAAUCCCACAAAUCUCACUUUCGGAAGUCCUUCAUUACGAUUCUCGGCUCCCACGCAUGGUGCAGCUUGAGCUCGAUUACACCUCCCCCGACUUUGUCCUUGAUUCUAACAUUAAUUUCUCUGCGGAUAUCUUCUCGCUCGGUUUAGUCAUUCUGGCUUGCUACAGAAAGCCCCAUCAAUCCCCCAUUGAAACGCAUGGCAAUCUAUCCACCUACAAGAAAAUCUUCAACACUCCUUCACUGUUCCCUUCCAGCUCCAACAAUUACCUCUCUUAUGGGGCCUUGCCAAGGGAACUUAAUGUCACACUGCCGCGAAUGCUAGCCCGAAGGCCUGCACAGCGAUUGACCGCGACAGAGUUUCAACAGUCUGAGUACUUCGAUAACAUCUUAGUCAAUACAAUAAGGUUCCUGGACGCAUUCCCUGCCAAGACACCUGCGGAAAAGUCACAGUUCAUGAAAGGCCUUGGUCGAGUCAUGCCUCAGUUCCCUCCUUCGGUGCUGGAGAAGAAAAUUCUGAGUGUUCUUCUAGACGAAAUGAAGAACAAAUCUUUGCUGCCCUUGAUCAUGCAGAAUAUCUUUCACAUUAUCAAAGUCAUUCCAUCCAGCAAAGAGGUUGUCUCGGACAAGAUUCUCCCACGAAUGAACGAGAUAUUCCUUUCGAAAUCCAAGUCAGACGAACGUGACUCUAGCAAGGAAGCCGCCCUAUUGGCAGUUCUCAAUAACAUCCAAAUCCUUGCCGAUAACUGCUCAGCUAGGCAAUUCAAAGAGGACGUCUUACCCCUUGUUCAUGCUGCGAUGGAAUCACCAACACAUUCCCUGACCGAUGCAGCUCUGCAGACUAUGCCUUUUGUGCUACCUCUCAUAGACUUUUCAACCGUCAAGCACGACCUGUUCCCAGUUGUGGCUCAGGUUUUCAGCAAAACAAGCAGUCUCGCCAUCAAGGUUCGUGGCCUCGAGGCUCUUGGUGUUCUCUGCGGCGCCCCGGUCCACAAGAUGAACACGGCUGAUGAUGAGGGCACCGACUCAAACCAGCCAGAGAACCCAAACAAGAACUUCUCUAGUCUCGACAAAUUCACCAUGCAGGAAAAAGUAGUUCCAUUACUCAAGGGCAUCAAGACAAAAGAACCGGCAGUCAUGAUGGCUGCUCUGAAGGUUUUCCGGCAGGUCGGCACGGUUGCUGACAUCGACUUCCUGGCCAUUGAAGUAAUGCCUGUUUUGUGGAACUUCAGCCUAGGACCCCUACUCAAUCUCUCCCAGUUCAAGGCUUUCAUGGACGUCAUCAAGUCUCUAUCGGCAAAGAUUGAGAGUGAGCAGAUGCGAAAACUGCAAGACAUGUCUUCCAGCAGUUCAGUAGAGUUCAACAGGAUGCCCACGCCGCUCGCAAGCACUAGUAGCAAUACGGUGCGAAAUGGUCAGCAAAGCCCUGAAGAGGACUUCGAGAAGCUGGUUCUUGGGAAUAAAAAUGCCGACAGAAAUGCUGUUUUUGCUGGUGCUCUUUCCGAAGGAGAAAGGCUGACUCAGAACCCACCCUCGUUUUCAUGGUCUACCGCCAAUGUGCAGACCAGAAGCCCACCUCCUUCCGGCAAUCCUCUUUCGUCUCUAUCCGUGUUGCAACCACAGCCCGCGUCUCGCUCUAUCACGCCCGAUGUUGGUGCAUCAACGUUUCCGAAAAGGCAAUCCGAAGAGUCCUCCGCUUCGAUAUGGGGAGCACCUUCUGCUCCCAGGGUGAGUCAGACUAAUGCUCUUCAGCCGUCGUCGUAUAUGUCUCUACGACCUGCACAAAAUACUGCUCCACCCCCAGCGAUGUCGAGCAAUCCAUGGCAGCUUCCACCACCUCCAGCAUUUUCUCCAAGUAUAGCACCCACACCACAGUAUACUCUAGAGACAAACGCGUGGUCGCAGACACAACAGCCACAACCAAAGAAGACAGGUCUGGAUAAGUACGAGUCACUGCUAUAA